AGAAACUUUGAAGUUAUCAUCUAGUAAUAUAUAAACAACUAAACUUUCAAACCUUUUUGUCUUUGAAUUCUAGUUGUAACUUGUAACCACAAAUUUAUAAAUCCUUUUUUUUGGUGUUGUUAUUUGUUAGUAUAAUCCAUGGUAGCACUUUUAGGACAGAAAUUUGCAAAACUCUACAACAAGCUGGAGAAUCAUCAUCAUCAUCAUCACCAUGAAGCUGCUGAUGAGUUAUCAGCUUCCCUGAAGGCUUUUCGAUCUCAAGUUUCGAAUUUGAUCGAGGAAUUGGGAUCAAAUUCGAAACCUGGAUCGGAAAUCCUAUCGUUGUUUUGGAUUAAAAAAUGCCUUGGAAUCUUACCCUUGAUCAACAAGGCUUUUGAAAAGCUUACUUUGGAGAUAGAUUAUCCAAUGAGUAAAUGGGAGGUUGAUUCUAUUGAAGAGUAUCUCAGCUACAGUUUGUGUUUGCUAGAGCUUUUCAAUUCGAUUUCUUCUUCUCUUUCUCAUCUUGAAAAGGCUAAGCUUUCUCUGAUUCAUGCCUUGAAGGUGUUUGAGAAUGAGAAUUCACCAUCUUUCACUACAAGUCAUCAUCAUCCUCAUCUCAAAGCAAUUCAACCUAGCUAUUUGAAUACAAAUUUUGGCGAAAAGCUGUGUGAAAAAAAUGGUAAAGUAAAGUUUUUUAAUGUGAAGAAAUUGGUUGUUAAUGAAGGUGUGAAGGAAUUAAAGAGUGUUGGUUUUUGGGUAUGUGGGAUUUUGUUGUCUGGUUUGUGUAGUGAUGUUAAGCCAUAUAUUGAGGUAAAGAAAUUGGUAGGUGGGUUUGAUGGUUCUUCAAUUUUCAGACUUGAUUCAAUAAUCAGUGAAGAGUUCAGUGAGAAAAUUUUCGUGUUGAAGGAGGUAAAGGAGGUGAAUGAUGCUGUUGAUUGUGUUCUUGAGGCUUCGGAUGAAGUGAAUCAUGAUGCAGUAAAGGAAUUGGAGACAAAGCUGAACAAGCUUGUGGAUGUGUCUGAUGAUGUAAAAGCAGAGGUGGAUGAUCUUUUUUCUAAGGUAAUGGCCCUCAGAACUGACUUGAUUGAUCAACUUAGGAAACAAUACUAGAAUGUGUUUACUUGAUUUUCCUUGUGAAGAUUCAUAGAUUGUAGCUUGCAAGUUUUUUUAAAAUGUUUGUAAAUUUUAUGAUUAUUGUAAAGUCCUGUAAUUAUCAAAUACAAGUGGUUUGUUUGCAAAUAUUGUAUAGUUGUAUAACAUCUUUGAAGAAUAGUGAAGAAUACAACUCAAAUGAUUGCUUCAUA